ACUUGUCUUUCUGUUCCAGGUUCCGAGGUGCACCCAUCAUACCCGUGGCGGCCAGGCCUGGGGGACCAGACGCCCCCGAAACGGAAGCUCCACAGGGCAUCCCAGAGCUCAUUGAGCUCCUGACGUCCCAGAUGUCCAUCCCAAGGAGAGACCCCUCGGGACCGUUCCUCAUGUCUGUGGACCACUGCUUCUCCAUCAAAGGCCAAGGCACCGUGAUGACAGGGACCGUCCUCUCGGGCUCCGUCAGCCUCGGUGACAGUGUGGAGAUCCCCACCCUCAAGGUGGUGAGGAAGGUGAAGUCCAUGCAGAUGUUCCACACACCCGUCACCUCUGCCGUGCAGGGGGACCGGCUGGGCAUCUGUGUCACCCAGUUCGACCCCAGGCUGCUGGAGCGUGGCCUGGUGUGCGCCCCCGAGUCCCUGCACACGGUCCACGCAGCCGUCAUGUCCGUGGAGAAGAUCCCCUAUUUCCGGGGGCCCCUGCAGACCAGGGCCAAGUUCCACGUCACCGUGGGCCACGAGACGGUCAUGGGCCGGGCGAUGUUCUUCAGCCCUGCCCCCGACGGCUUCGACCGUGAGCCCGUGCUGGACUCCUUCGACUUCUCCCGGGAGUACCUCUUCCAGGAGCAGUUCCUGUGCCCCGGCUCGGUGCCGGCCGAGGCGGACGGCGGUGGGGCCGACAGCAGGGUGGGCCAGGCCUCCGAAGGCCGCUGCCCCCGGCAGCAGUGGGCCCUCGUGGAAUUCGAGAAGCCCGUCACCUGCCCGCGGCUGUGCCUGGCGAUCGGCUCCAGGCUGGACGCGGACAUCCACGCCAACACGUGCCGGCUGGCCUUCCACGGCGUCCUGCUCCACGGGCUGGAAGAUAAGAACUACGCCGAGAGCGCGCUGCCCAGGCUGCGAGUGUACAAGCUGAAGCACAAGCACGGCAUCGUGGAGCGGGUGAUGGACGACUACAGUGUGAUCGGCCGCUCCCUGUUCAAAAAGGAGACCAACAUCCAGCUCUUCGUGGGGCUCAAGGUGCACCUGUCCACUGGGGAGCUGGGGGUCAUUGCCAGCGCCUUCGGCCAGAGUGGCAAGUUCAAGGUCCACAUCCCUGGUGGCCUCAGCCCCGAGUCCAAGAAGAUCUUGACACCCGCCCUCAAGAAGCGGGGCCGCGCCGGCCGAGGGGAGGAGGCCGAGCAGCCAGAGCCCGUCCAGCACGUGGCUCUCAGCUUGUCUUUCAAGCGCUACGUCUUCGACACCCACAAGCGCAUGGUCCAGUCUCCCUGAGUGCCCGCCGGCCGCCCCAGGGCACCUUGCCCAGGCCCGGGGGCCACAGUGCCACAUGUGCCUCCACCUCCAGGCUCUCCCCGGAGCCCCCGCACCCCCCGCCAGGGGACAGCACCGUGCAGGAAUGGGCUUCGGCUCCACAGCUGGUGGCCGGGGUCUCCCGGGCUGCCCGGCUGGCGGCCGGCGCUUGCCAGCUGCAAAUAAAUGUCCCGUGGCGC